GUGAUUUAGUGACAGAUGGCGCAGAUAAGAUGCGUUUGUCAGCCUUCUUCAAGCUCUGAAACCUACAGGGGGACACAUGAUGAUGAGGGGAAGGAGACGACAGAGGAGGAGGACGAAGUUGCUGUGGGGAUGGAGAAAGGAUUCAUGGAUGAAUUCUUUGAACAGGUGGAAGAGAUCCGAGGUUUUAUCGAAUCUCUGGCAGAGAAAGUUGAGGAGGUGAAGAGGAAGCACAGUGCCAUCCUCGCCUCACCUAACCCUGAUGAAAAAACUAAGGCUGAGUUGGAGGAUCUUAUGGCAGACAUCAAGAAGCUGGCCAACAAAAUCCGCUCCAAAUUAAAGAGUAUCCAGCAAACAAUUGAGCAAGAAGAAGGCCAGAACAGGUCAUCAGCUGACCUGAGGAUACGCAAGACUCAGCACUCCACACUGUCUCGUAAGUUUGUCGAGGUGAUGUCAGAGUACAACACCACCCAGUCGGACUACAGGGAGCGCUGCAAGGGACGCAUUCAGAGACAGCUGGAGAUCACCGGGAGAAACACAACAAACGAGGAGCUGGAGAGCAUGUUGGAGAGUGACAACCCGGCCAUCUUUACCUCUGGGAUCAUUAUGGACAACAUCACCGAGCAAGCUAUGAACGAGAUUGAGACGCGGCACAAUGAGAUUAUCAAGCUGGAAAACAGCAUCAGAGAGCUUCACGACAUGUUCAUGGACAUGGCCAUGUUGGUGGAGAGCCAGGGUGGACUGGUUAACAACAUUGAGCGGAGGGUGCUGGAGGCUCAGGAAUAUGUGCAUCAGGCUGAGAAAAGCAUCCCAAAGUGCAAAAAGUUCAAAAAGACCGGCAGACGGAAGAAAAUAAUGAUUAUUAUAUGCUGUGUGGUUCUGGGAAUUGUCAUUGCUUCCAUCGUUGGGGGGACGCUGGCCUAAACCUCAGACACGGUCACACUGAAACGCACCGCGGAGGAAAACAUACCACAGCACAAAACCACAAAAGAUUCAUGUUUCUUUCAGUUUCCUGUUCUCAUGAAUGCAAUCUAUUAUAAAUGUUUAGCACAUGGUGCAUCACAUACUGUACAACGACUUUUACAUACAUGACCACAGGUGUUUUCGCAUGAGUUGCUAUUUUGUAAAUGUGCGGUGCUGCAAAUUGUUAAUCUGAGUGUUGAGUGUUGUCAGCGAUAUGAUGUUUCCAAAAGUAAAUUCUUGAAUGAAAAAGUUACUAACAUGUAACACUAUACUAAUACAUUCCAACUUCCAAAUAUGACUAGUCUAUCUGAUAGACCUCUGUUUAUUUACCUGCAUAUUUACGACUUCUUUUCUCGUCUUUUUACUUUCUCCCUCCCUGAUGUCCUCUAGCUCCUCUCUAAAACCCUGCAUGGUUUGGUUCACAUGGUGUUGGUUCUCUAUUGCGAGGGGGGGCACAGUUGAUGUUUUGCUUGUAGGAUCAUCACAUUGCCAAACUUUUCUAACGUCAUCUGUUGUAGUGUACGAAAGCAGUGCUACUGUGUUUAACUUAAGUGACCUGACCAGUUGUGCAGCAUUUCUGACCGUUACUCCAGUGUUGAGUGUGAGUGCACGCAUGCCCACAUGUGAGAGAGGAAACGUGUGUGUUCAUUUGUAGCUAUCUUGUUUGAACAUUUCGAGUGCCAGUCACGGGGUGAGGAUGUGAGUGCUUGUUAGUAGCCACCUGUGUCUUUGUUUUGUAUAAAGUAUAAACUGAUAUUAAGUUCUCUAACACUGCCAAUAUGUUCAAAUAAGCUGUUAAAAUGAAGUCUAGUCUGGUCGGAUUGAUAAUUCUGGUCUGUAAGUGACAAACUCUUGUUGUUUUAUGUCUUUUUAUAAACCCCCGAGCUUUAAACGGAGCAUAUCCUUCUGCUACUUUUCUCUUUAUUUUUAUGAGUGCACUUGAUGAGUUAGUCGAAGCAUCAGCAUGAACUCAACGAGCGCCGUGAAACACCGCGUCACACCGGUUUUCCGGCGCCACAGCAGACAUGCACAGACUGUAAACACGUUACAAUGUUGCCUACCCAACUUGUUGCCUUUGUGCUGUAUUGUAAUGACAUGGUUUUGUUUAAUUUUAAUUUGUUUGCUUUGUUCUUGUUUUUUUUUUUUCAAGUAAAGUUUGUCUGAAAAAUUA